CAAAAAAGUUGCGUCUUUAUACGACGCAAUCUGAUAAAACUCGCAGUUAAAAUAAAAAAAAAAAGAAAACACGCGUUGGAUAAUUUUACACAUCAAAAUAGAAAGUUAAAAAUAAAAAGUCUAAUAAUCCUAAUUUAGUUCAAAGUGGCAGAUAUUUUAUAUUUGAGAAGGCGUAUGGCUACAAUUCGAACGUGAUAUUAACCUUAAUUUUGUGAUAUCUGCUCAGAAUCUCGAAAACGAGCAGCAUGGCUAAAAUUGUUGAAUCAUUAAAAAGAUUAAGUGUUGAACAUGGUGCACGUAAGCAUGAUAACAAUCGAACCAUCAAAAGAAAAAGCGAAUUAAUUUCGUCGAUUGAAGAAGCAGUAUCUCUUGAUCAUAAUUAUAUUCUUGCUAUCUGUGGAACUCAAAGUGACCCAGAAUUUAGAAUUGGUACAGCCUUAUCCAACCAUACAUGUGUAAUAUAUUCUGUUGGGGAAAACUUAAACCAAACUGCCACAUUAAGUCAUAAUCAAACACCUAUCGUUGGUAUUAGGUUUAGUCCUACUUCUAGAAAUAUUUUAUAUACAGCUACAAACAAUGGAGAAAUUACAGCAUGCGACUUGAGAGCUAAAGGCAAAGUUGUUGCAAGGUUUAAAGAUAUUACAGAAGAUGGCAAAACAAAACCUCUCUGUAGUUUUGAUGUCAGUUGUGAUGAAAAGCUUAUAGCAGGUGGUACUGAACAUAUUGGAGGAGAUACAUUUAUUUUAUUUUGGGAUGCACGAUAUACUAGUUCAAAAUUGGGUGACAAAAAUAAUCUCCUUGGUGGAUACUGGGAAUCUCAUGUGGAAGAUGUAACCUCCUUGGCAUUUCAUUCUAGUAAGCAGGACGUCUUAGCAUCUGGUAGUACAGAUGGAUUGAUUAAUGUCUUUGACCUUACACAGCCAUCGGAAGAUUCUGCAUUAACUUAUUCCUUAAACACUGAAUCAUCAGUGGAUAGGAUAGGUUGGUUAAAUGAUGACAACCUUUGGUGCACAACACAUAAUUCACUACAACUUUGGGACUAUGAUGGAGCAACACCAUAUGCUAAAUUUGAUCGCAGUAAUUUAGUAGUUUCUCAGUCUUUUCAGAAUGCUGAUCCAGAUGAUUAUUACAUAGUCAGAUUUCAUGCUUCAAAUGCACUUGGGCAACCGUUUCUUCUUGCAGGUGCCAGUAGUGUUAAAGGGGAAAACUUGAGAUGUUUAAAUGUUGUAAAUGAUCAAUUAGAAACAUGUUACAAUAUGAUAGGGAAUAAACAAAUAGUACGUGAUAGUUGGCUACAUGAAAAGAGCGGUUCUUUGAUAACAGUAGGUGAAGGUGGACUUAUAAACAUUUGGAGGACAGCUGAAACUAUACCCAUUCAAGAAAAUUCUAGCCAUAAAUUGGUGGCGAAAAUUGGCACUGGUAAAGUACGUGAUCGCCAGCAUAGAACCAAACCAUAUUAAAGUAAAAGUGAUAGGAUAAAAAUUUGUAAAUGCAAAGAAAGUUUUUGUAAGUAAAUAUAAUAAACAGAAGAGAAAUAUUA